AUGCAUUGGGCAAGGUUGCGAGGUGGAGAAAUCAGAGAGCACCAGACAAAAGGCAAGUACGCAGAGUCAGAGGUGAAAAAGAAAGGGCAAAAGAGAACAAAACAAGGGGAGCUCUUUGGUUUCAAUGGGUUUGAUCAGCGGAGGGGUGUUCUUCAAGAUCUUGGCGUUCCUCUGCUUCAUCAGAUUAUCUCAAGUCCUGAAGUGGCACUCUGUCGUUGUAAGAAUGCUUGGCAUGUAAUGCUACAUAAGAAAGCGUCAUUUCCAAGUAAAAGGCUGGAAAAACAAGGAAGAAACUCCGCCACACCGGAUCUCCCUCCCCUCUGGAAGGCAAGCAGUUUCUCCAAAAUCCAGCAUGAAGCAUAUGACUACAUCAUUGUCGGCGGGGGCACGGCCGGAUGCCCAUUGGCAGCAACGCUGUCGAAAAAGUACAAGGUGCUGUUGCUUGAGAGAGGUGGAUCUCCAUAUGGCAACCGCAACAUCUCAUACCUUGAGAACUUCCACAUUUGCUUGACCGAUGAAUCGAAGAAUUCCCCAUCUCAGGGAUUCAUCUCCACUGAUGGUGUCAUCAAUUCCCGAGCAAAGGUUCUAGGUGGUGGAACAUGUAUAAAUGCCGGCUUCUACAGCCGAGCCAACCGAAGGAAACAUCGAUAUCAAAAGAUGGGACUAAUCCUGUUUGAUCUUACUAUCACAAGAAGAAUUAAGUGGUUCAGCAUGGUUGGUCAGAUAUACCAGGAUAUUUCACAGCUAUUCAAUCUGAAGCCCCGCUGUAGAUUUGUGAAGGAUGCAGGAUGGGAUGAAGAGUUGGUGAAUCAGUCCUACCCCUGGGUCGAAGAGAGGAUUGUUUAUUGGCCAAAGAUUGCACCUUGGCAAGCUGCCCUACGUGAUGGGCUGCUUGAAGCAGGGGUAUCGCCUUACAAUGGAUAUACCUAUGACCAUCUCUUUGGAACCAAAGUUGGGGGAACCAUCUUUGAUGAGGCAGGGUACCGGCACACUGCUGCUGACCUCCUAGCUGCUGCAAAUCCUGACAACCUCAGAGUGCUGCUUCAUGCUAGUGUGAACAAAGUAAUUUUCAAAACGAGACAUGGACAUCAGAAACAGAGUGCUAUUGGGGUUCAAUUCAAGGAUGAGAAUGGUGGGCACCAUCAAGCCUUUCUCAGCCAAAAGAGAGGCAGUGAGAUUAUUGUCUCUGCCGGCGCAAUUGGAAGCCCCCAGCUGUUACUGAUCAGCGGCAUUGGACCAAGGAGUGAACUUAAGAAGCAUAACAUUUCUAUAGUUCUUCACAACGAGCACGUGGGUAAAGGGAUGUCAGACAACCCAUUGAGCUCCGUAUUUAUACCCACCAAGGAUCCCCCAAAGCAGUCUCUUAUUGAGACUGUUGGAAUAACUGAUGAUGGUGUGUUUAUCGAAGCCAGCAGCGGUUUCGGCCAGACAGGGGACAGCAUCCACUGCCACCAUGGAAUCAUGUCUGCUGAGAUUGGGCAGUUGUCGACUAUUCCUCCAAAGGAAAGAAGUUUAGAAGCAGUCCAUAAGUAUGUACGUAACAAAAAGAGCCUGCCCAAAGAAGUAUUCCACGGAGGGUUCAUUCUUUCGAAGAUUGAUGGCCCGCUGUCUACUGGCAAUCUAGUUCUUGUGGACACUGAUCCCAACAGCAAUCCUAUCGUCACCUUCAACUACUUCAAACAUCCACAGGAUCUGAGACGAUGUGUUUACGGGAUCAAGACCAUAGAGAAAAUAAUUAGUACGAACACUUUCUCAAACUUCACUCCCAAAGAUGGUGGAUAUUCAAUGGAAAAACUGCUCAACAUGAGUGUAGCAGCUAACAUAAAUCUGAUACCGAAGCAUACAAAUGACAGCACAUCCUUGGAGCAGUUUUGCAGGGAUACAGUGGUCACCAUCUGGCAUUACCAUGGUGGAUGUCAUGUAGGCAAGGUGGUUGACCAGCAGUACAAAGUGAUUGGGACCUCAGGCCUCCGGGUGAUUGACGGAUCAACCCUAUCCAGGUCGCCAGGAACAAACCCACAAGCCACAGUCAUGAUGAUGGGCAGAUACAUGGGAGUGAAGAUCUUAAGGGAAAGGUUAGGACGAGCGGCUGGAGUAUAA